AUGCCUUUGGUGAAAUCUGGAAUAUCGCUUGCACCUGAUAUGAAGUUUGGCUGGAAACCAAAGGCAAUUGAGAUUUCAAUCCCUAUCCCACUUUAUUUUGACUAUGAAGAGGAACUACUAGAUAUCACCCCUCUUGACAGAGCAAAUAAAAAGAAACUACCAAUUAUUUAUUACGAUAAGGAAAAUGGCCAUGUGGUCAGUUAUGAUGAAAAUGGAAAUGUUAUUGAUGUGCAAAAUGGAAGGCCAUUCAUCGGAAUGAAUUAACUUUACAGCGAGUAAAUCCAAUGCGGAGAUAUUUUGGACUUUGAUUCAAAAUUUGAAUGUGGAAAUCUAGACAAAGUAGUAUUGGUUAAUAAAGAUGAAUAUGAUCUUUAUAUGAGAGUAGAUUCAAACACUAGAGGUCAUCAUUAGUGGUUUUAUUUUAGAGUUAAAAAUACUAAUUAAAAAAAAGUCAGAUUUAACAUUGUAAAUUUCACCAAGAAACAAUCUUUAUAUGAGCAAGGAAUGAAAGUUUGCUAUUGCAGUUCGAAGGAGAAAAAAAUCUUAACAAAACAGCAUUUGGAAAGAUAAAACUAAUCAGGAGAUUUUAACAGUUUUAAGAGUUAAAAUCAGGAAAUAGAUAUAGACAGCAUAGGCUGGAAAAGAGGGGGAAUAGAUAUUGAGUAUAAGUAUUCAAAAAUAAACUAAAAUAUUCAGAGAAGGUUUUUCAACAUGAGUGAUUACAGCGAAUCUGAGGAGGAUGAGGAUGAAGCUCCUGUAAAAUAAAAAAUUUAUUAUCAAAUGAGUUUCACCUAUGACUUUGUCUUUGAAAAUGAUGAAACUUACUUUGCUUAUUGUUUUCCUUACUCAUUCACAAAGCUGCAUAGCUUCCUGAAAAGUAUUAAAUAAUAACCAAAUUCCAGCUAUUUCUAUCAAGAGACUACUCUUUGCAGAGCCUUAUCAGGCAUUGAAUUACCUCUACUCACAGUAACGACCAGAGUAACAUCUAAAAAUAUGCACCAGAUUAUUCCAAAUGAGUUCCAUGGACAAGAGUUGCCCAAGUCUAAAUUUAAAAAAGUGGUGGUAAUAUCUGGUAGAAUACAUCCUGGUGAAAGCAAUGGCUCUUUUAUGAUGCAAGGGUUUAUCAGAUUCAUAACAAGUAAUCAUACUGAGGCACAAGAAUUGAGAAAGCGUAUUAUAUUUAAGAUUAUACCCAUGAUAAAUCCAGAUGGAGUGCUUAUUGGAAACUAUAGAACUUCAAUGAGUGGAAAUGAUCUAAACAGAUAAUAUUUAAAGCCACAUUUGUAGCUUCAUCCCUCAGUAGUGGCAAUCAAAAGACUGAUGAAGGACAUGAAAUUCGAGUAUUAACAGUAUUUUCCGAAUGAUAACUGCUUGCUAGCAUUUAUCGAUAUGCAUGGGCAUAGUAGAAAGAAGAAUGUGUUUGUUUACGGACCAUAUUAUUAAAUUCAUCAUGAAAAUUACCUUAAAAUGAGGCUACUACCUAAAAUUCUAUCAGAAUAGACUUCAAUGUUUAGAUUUUUUGCAAGUAGAUUUAGAAUAGAAAAGUCUAAAGAAAAAACAGCUCGAGUUGUGCUUUUCAGGGAAUUUAAUAUAUUAAAUUGCUUUACUCUUGAAGCAUCUUUCCUUGGAUACUUUAAUGAAAAAAGAAUUACAAAAGACUAUGAAAUUUCUAAAUACGAAAAAAUGGGAAUUAAAUUAGGGACAUCAUUAUAUGAGUAUUCAAUGAUCAAAGAAGAAGACGAAAAGAUAAAAGAACAGAGACUGAUUAACUAGUUAAAAUCUAGUACCUUGAAAAGCAAACCAACAAAUAGUAACAUUAAAAUUGAUAAGAAAAAAUUAAAAAAACUUAUGCAAAAUAUUCAAAUAUUUAGUGAGGAUAAUAACAGUGUUGGAGAUGAGGAUAAAAAAUAGCAAGAUGAAAGCUAAAAAUCUAAUAAAUCUGGAUAGAAGAAGAAUAAACAGACGACUCUUAAAUUAGGUAAGAAACGAUUAAAAAAUAGCAAAGCAGUUUUAGAGUAAAAUCCCCAAGACAAUAGCUUAUUAAAUGCCUAAGAUGAAGCUGGCGAGAAUCUUAAGAAAUUCAGGACUAUUGAUUAGAUUUACAAAGAAAUAAAGUUGAAAGAAAAAAAUCAGCAUUUAGAUGCAGAUCCAGAAGAUUUAGUUUCUGAUUCAAGCGGAGGAUCAGAUUCAGAUCCCUCAGGAGAUGAACUUGAUGUAACUUUCUUUAAGUUUGAUAAACAUUUAGCUCGAAAAAAGGAAAAAGAUCUAGGGGAAUAUUAUCAAUAUGCUAGACAAUUUCGUUAAUGUGCUUUCUGA